AUGAAGCCUAAUACGGAUGGAAUCAAGCUCACUAGUCUUAGGGACUGUUUCAUGUUUUUAUACUGGUUGCAUAAGGGGGGAGGGAGGAAUAAACUUGGAGAGGUGGCCCAAACUAUGCAUGGCCGUAUUGGAGAUUAUUGUAAGAGUCAGCAAGUGACGAAAGAGCAGAUCGAAUCCCACCUAUCCUCCUUUCUGGGUCAUGUGAGUACAUUCUACGAAAUGUUGGUACGUGAAGACUUUCCUCAAGAAGCACUUGCAUCCGGAGCCUCAAUGCCGCCCAACCCCUCAGCGGAUGACAUUUUCACUGCACUUCUUGAGUGUCUCCCAAAGUUCCUCGCAGCGAUAUACUAUCUUUGGUAUUGCGUGUCUCACACGUUCGAGUCACUUGGCGGAGGUGGGUGGAAGGAUGACUGUCCCGGUUGGGAGAAGGGGCGGUGGUACGGGUUGAGAAACAAUUGGGGCGGUGAUCUUCAAGCAUAUCUCAGAUCCAGUGACACUAACGAGUACCGGGUCAUACCCAGCAGCUUCAAUAAAGAUGAGGUGAGAGAUGGUUGGUCAUACAGUGGUUACAGCCGUGGUUACUCUAUGGUGACUCCCCUCAAAAAAAUCUUCGAAAAAAAAGAUGAUACGGCGCAAAAUGUUUUUCGCGAUGUGUUCGCCACUUCGGUGCUAACUACCACUUCUGGCACCCAAAUUUCUAAUACUGCAAACGCUCUUGCAUUGGUGAACCUGUUUUGCGAGAUUGUGGUUGAAGAGGAUGAGAAUGGAAAUGAUUGGUUGCGAAGCAACUUGGAUAAAGUGCGGGGGAAUCUGGAGAAGAUUCAGCAGUUUGAAAGUGAACAUGAUGACCAUGCACAUGAAUUCGCCAGUCUUCCAAAACAUCACAACAUGCUCCAGGAAUAUUACGCCGAGCUUGGCCCACAUUUCACUAAAAAUCUUUUCCCCUACGGUUUCACUUUCUACGGUGAGAAAGAAUAUUUAAGGGAAAAUGCCCCGUAUGAGGACUUGAGAAAGGAGUGGGAUGGCGCAAUCUUUGAGCUUAAGAGAGAAGGUGGCGGCUUGGCAGAGUUGAAAAGCAUUCUGGAUGGUAAGGGGUGUACAGCUCCGCGUCCACCUCCAAAGCCGCGCCCCAGGCCGGCGCCUGCGCCCAGGCCUCCGAGGCCUGCCAGACCUGCACCUCCACCCCAGCCUUCCAGAGCUUCGGGUGGAAGGACAAUCGGUCCAAGGCUUCUUGGAGAUUGGUCGUAUGUUGGUAGUCGGGCUUCUGGUGCUAGAGGAGGAAGUGAGAGAGGGAAGGGGCCUCACAGUAGAGGCGGGGGAUCGGGGGCUCGAAGUGAUAGAGGACGAGGCCCGGGGCCUCGAGGUCGUCCAAAUGCCAGGGGCACACAGGUGAGCACAAGUACAGGGCGUACGAUGUCUACUCAGCCUCGACUUUUACAACAUCAGAAUAAUCCCCAGCCUCAUUCCCAACAUCCUCUACCUGCUGCCCCCAGUGCUCUCAGAGGCCCUAGUCCACCGGCUGAAAUACAUCCGACUUCAGAGCCCCUUGUUUCCCCAGCUCCUACGCAUGAUCAUUCAAGUGUGUCCAGCUCAAGCUCUUCGUCAUCUAGUGUCACUGAUGUCGGUGGUACGGGGCUGGGUCCCCAGGCGGCUGCUUCUGGACAUAGCCAACGGAGUGGUAAAAACUUAGCUCUCAAUCGAGACUCCAAUCCUGGCAUACCUGGUCAGCAUUCUGAUUUAGGUGUCAGUGCAGGAGAAGGUGGGGCGCCGAGCACCGGUGGGCAUUCAAAGGACACUGUUUCUACAGCCUCAAAACCUGUUGCCACUCUAAGCAUCGAUCUCCCUCAGGUUCAAAGUUCUCCAAGAGAUGUUCAGUCUGCUGGGCAUAAGAGUGAUCCAGGCCGCACGGGGUCUUCUUCGCCACAAGCUAAUUCAAGUCACGAUGGAGCCCCGGGGUCCAUCGGUACGCCGGUUGGUCCCGUUCCGGAUCCAGACAGCAUGGUUGCUUCGGUAAUACAUCCCGCUCUAUCUUCAAAUGCAAGGCAGGCUCAGAAUUCAAAUGUUCAAAGCCCAGAUUCUCUGUCAUCCCGUGACCAUCUUUCUGAUGAUGCUCAAAAUCUGAAAGAUCAGGCGCAUUCUUCUAACCCUACUCAAAAGCACCCUCAAGGCCCGCAACAGAAGUUAACUUCGGGUGCGACUACAACCUCCGCUGUAAGUCGUGCCGGCCCGGGUGUAGGAGGAGGCUCUGGAGGGGGUGGGGGUUCAGCAGGGGGUACAGAUGGCGAUUCCCAGGUUGACAUUCAUUCUGGUAAACCUUCUCACACCUCUCAACUUUCUGUGCAACCUCACGCCCCAACUCUUUCAGCCCCAGGUUCUCUAUCAUCUGACAUCACUGGUCCACCGGGUGAUAUGGGCCUUACUCUCCAAUCGCCUCCUCAGGUGAAUCCUCAGGGCCAGACGGGUGAUGCAAGCGGCCAUAGCCCGGCAGCCAUUCCACAGCCUGAUGUCCCCGACUCUCCCGGUGAUUCUGAUGCUGCAGUUACAAGAGCUCAACAACGUGUUGAUACUCGAGAUAAUGGACCUCCAGGUCAGCCAGGUCCGACACCGUCUGUUCCUCCAUCCCCACCUUCUGCUCCUCCCCCAACCACAGCGGCAGAGCCUUCAACUCCGCAGAGCACUCCACAUGGACUCAUGAAGUCUCAAGAUUUGCACGAUCCAGGAGCUAUGCAGACUCUGGAUCCUAGUUUGAAAGGCGAUGCAGACUCUUCAGGGCCUCUGAAUCAACAGGUAGCCUCCAGUCCUACUGUAUCACAUGACCCUGCUGGUAAGUCAACAAGCGGGUCUCCGCAUUUGACGUCUGGUACGCCUACGAUUUCACAGCAUGAUGCUGUUCACGGCGCUGUGCUCACUCAGCCUUCAAGUGUUUCAGGCUCACGGCCUUCCUCAAUUGCUGUCUCUCCUUCAGGUGGUGGUCAGAACGCGGAUGACCACGCGUCUCUUUCGGAUCCUGCUCUGCCACAUGCUAAACUAUCCAUGGGCAUCCCAAGAACCCACCCCAUGACCUCCCCAGGUCUGCCACUCGGUCAAGAGAUCGGUGGAGCUGCAGGGAGUGGGAGUCCAGGGGCGACAAUCGGUGACCCUAAUUUGCAGAAUAGACAGACGACUGAUAACAAUUUAGGGUCUUCUGGCACAUCGAUGAAUUCAGGCAGCAAUGCGUCCCGUGAAAUACCACCUAAGACGCCAAUGCCGGAUCCGGCUGAAUUUCAACUUGAGAUUGAUAAGCUUUACACUCCGGAUAUGAUUUACGGCGCUGAUAAGAUUCAAGGGGAAGCACUGCCUGCGGCUGAACAUAAGAAGAUUGUGUCACCGUACGAUACCUAUUCCAAUAUCCCUACGCAAGCGCCGUUGCGUGACAAAUUCUAUCCAGAAAAUCUAGAGUUCCUGACGGAAGACUUAUGCCUUCCUUCCUGGAUCACUCAGACGCCUAAAGACAGCUUCGCAGAUGUCCCGGUUACCGAGUUGUUUCCUUCGGAGGUGCCGUGCACUGUCAGGGAUAUGCUUCGUUGGUUGGUUGGGAUUAGAAACCCAAAACAUCUUGACAUUAUGAAACGGUGUAUUGAGAAGGUUUUCAGGGGCGUGACUGAUGUCAUACACGGAGAGGUUAAGCUCUCUGUCAACGGUUCUCACAUCACCGCCGAUAAUGUCAUCGACACCAUCCACCUUGCCGCCGUGUUCGCAGCCUCAGUGCUAUCCACCAUUGAGCCUGCCUGGAAAGGUAACACCACGUUGUCCGCAACAUUAAAACGCAAGGACUCCGGCAAACCUCAGGACCCUGAUUGCUGCGCCCUUCUCUGCCAGCUGCGGGACUACGUCUACGCCUGCUGCCACCAGUUGGCGUUCCUAAGGUCACAGUGUUCUCGAGUCUGCCAGCAGGGUGGUUGGCAGGAUUGUCCGUACGGCCGUGACAUCAAGACGCCUUCCCCCCUCCAGGCCUUUCUGAUUGACGCCCCCGACUCCAAGUUCGAGACGCAUCCCUUCGACCCCUGCAACAUCUGCCUCCAGAGCCGUGUCAAGAUGGGAUUCACAAAGGAGGAUUUUUCUAAGGACUCCAAAGAUGGCAAGCAUAUUUCCACCAUCCUAACUCCAUCCUGCGGCGGUGACGAUCCCCAGCUGACAUUGUCCUCUUACCUCAACUGCCUCACCAGGCGGACUCCUCGUACAACCGGGGAGAUUGUCUCUUUCUUCCACAAUUUCGGGAAUGAGCUUCAUGAUGUGUCCUCAAGUUUUUCCUCUCUGGGCUCCGCCCUCUCCAGUCAGCAUGACGACUGCCCCGGCUGGGACUGUCUCAAGGAGGCCGACCUCCACGCCGUACAGGACCUCCGGGGCUCCGCCCCUCCCACCGCCAACCACGACAAGGACCAUCCCAAGACCCUGUCCACUCUGCUUGGCUGCGGCAUCGAUAAUGCCAAGUGCUCACAACUUCUCUCGCCCAUCACCCACCGGGCCUACUCCUUGUACUCUUCCACCUUCGUCCACCACUACCUCAGCUGGACAGUUUACUUACCCGACAGACUGUGGGAGUCACUUCUCAAGCUGCAAGAUGAUCUCGAGAACCUUCAAUGUCACGACUCUGACUCCAAGCUCAAGCCCCUACACCAGUGUGAUAAGGCGCUGCCACUUCUCUACUCUCACGGGUUCACGCCACCGGAGGCUAAAUCGCAGCCGUCACUCACGUGUUCUGAGCUCAUCACCAAGCUGGAGGAAGUGGUCGCCGGAGAGCCUAUCGCAGGCCUCGUGACCGCCAUGGACCUUUUCCUCUACCGCAUCCGUGCCCCCUUCCUCUUCACACUCGUCACACUCUGGCUCAUCGCAAGACUCUACAUCGCCCACUCACUACUAUACCGCAUGGACGUGCUCCUCAUCCGCUCCCACCUACUCACCACCAGGGCCUCCCACCUCAUCGACGUCAAGGCGCUGCUCGCCGGCAGCCGCAGGAUGCUCUCACUCUACAAGGACGUCGACUACUUCGACGACGAUCUUGAUUAG